CUGAUCACAGGACCGACCAGUGACAACUGCCCCGACGGAUCACAGGACUGACCAGUGACAACUGCCCCGACCGAUCACAGGACUGACCAGGGACAACUGCCCCGACCGAUCACAGGACUGACCAGGGACAGGGUUUAUCAGCCAUCAUAGAAAUCCACCCCAUCAGUGCCCAGGAGAAUUUAUCAGGAACGCAGAAUCAGCCCGAGAAACAGGAUUUCUGAGCUGAUCAUGGCUCUGUUUGGGAAGGCGUGGGAGUCGGUGGGCUUCCUUCAGUCUGUGAACGCUCUUGUCAUGGGGACCGUGGCUCAAAUUAAGGGCUUGGCUACUCCUGAAGAGACCGAGUUUGUGAAGAAACACCUGGAGUCUAUUGACAAGGAGCUGGCGGCAGGAAAAGGCUUGAUGAGGGACAACGAUGUGACCAGAUGUGAAGAUGACAUCACGGUGGUCUACCAGCAGCUGGCUUCUGUGGUCCGAGCAGGGAAGUCUUACUCAGACAAGGAGAAGGAAGUCUUCUUACAGUAUGUGCAGGACUACAAGAUCGACAGACAGCUGAACGCUCUCUACAACCGUCUGCUGGGAGUGUCCGUCCUGGCAGAUCAGAUCACCCUCCUGCAGCAGGUUAUUCGAGACCACCGCCCGCGCCGCUGGCAAAUGAUUGCCUUCUGCCAAAAGGUCAACUUUGUCCUGGGCACGGGCUUACUGUGUCUGUUCGUCCACGGAUCCCUGACCGGCCGCGACACUCAACUGAUGAUCAGCAGAUGGACAGAAAAAAUGACCGUUCUUUAUCGGAGAAUGGAGGAAACGUCGAAAGACUGCGCGGCGUAUUUCAAGGAGCAGGCCCAGGAAGAUGUGGAGACCUUCCUGACGGCCAACGAGUCCCUGACCGACCGUGAAAAAGCCGAAGCCAUCUUCAAGGUGAUGGAGAAGAAUUACGACUGGCUGCGUUGGGCAGUGAUGGUGUCCCAACCACCCUCGGAGAAGCCUGCGGAGGUCUUAGUGAAGGGGAACUACAUCUCAGUGCGGGGGGCUUGUGGGACCCAGGUCGUGAUGUCUUACAGCGAGAACCCCGUGUCCUUGGACAAAGUUAAAACGAAUCAGUUGAUUGGUGACCUGGAAUGGAAAAUUCCAAACCCCCCUCCAGAUGUCUACGCCAACAUCGAGGCCGAGCCCAGCUACGCCAAGCGAUACUUGGCCCAACGGAUGCUGCAGAAGCUGUCUGAAGGUUUGGGCAAGGGGAUCACCAUCCACACCGUGCCGGGGAGCCUGGAAAUGACGGGGAACUUUCCCCCGGCCUCUUUUGUGUUAUAUGAGUACAAGCACCGCAUGGCAUCCGGCACGGUCUGCAUCUUUGGGUGAAAAUGCUUGGUGUUGAUCGUUGUUGGUUUUCUAAUAUUUUAUCCAAUAAAUCUUCCUGCGCUAA